UCAGUGCAGAAACGGUCUCACUUUCGAAUAGUUUUGCGUAUUGAGCAGCGGAAAAUUAAAUAACAAUAAAGCAAAAAAUCAAGAUGAAGCGAAAUCGUCGUCCAUCCGCAGCCAACACCAAGCCAUUUGUCUCGGGCGGCAUUUACCGCACAAAAUGAAAGUGUGUGUAUUCACUCCAAUUGUGAACCCAUUUGCAAUAGCCACUAAAAGCGGGUUAAUCGAAAGUGCAGACCGUUGUCCGAAUUCCACCAGCAUCCACAGCUCUCGAUCCACAAUGCACCCCAAACACCCACCCACCCAUCACACCCCCCCUCUCGUACCCCACCCAUUUGGUCAUUCCACUCUGCUCGUGCUUUCGAACAACUAGAGAUGGCCAGCACUGCGAUAGUUUCACGCUGGACUUGCGGUUAUCGCUAACUUUUAUGGCUACUGAAAAUGCAUUCACCCGAAAUUGUAACUAAAAUUAUUAGUUUUGCGUCAGAUAGCAAUGCCCAUUCACUCCACCUAAAGUGCCCGAAACUAGCCGGCGACCAUAAACUCAGCCGAUGAACGAAGGAUCCUCUUAACUAUACCAUGUUCAGUCCAAAAAUAUUUCGUAUUCAAUAUGUUCCAUAUUAAACAUUUUUUUUAAAAUUUUGUAAGAACUGUUUUUACUCAGUUCUUGUUUAACAAUGUAACGGCCGUGAUGCUGAGAUGCAAAUUGAAGAAGUCGGCAAAAAAUUUAAUUAAAUUAAAAUUCUGUGCUUGACACACCAAAAUUUCCGACAUAUAGGGUAUAGAAUCGCAGGAUAUACGUCGCUGCAGUAGAAUGCAUUUGUAAAUAAACUAAGUCACAAUGACUUAAAUUAUUUGUCAAUUGCUUACUGUUAAGCGAAUGGCUUUAGCAACAGGAGUUGUCCUUUGAAUUAUUUGAACUAUGCACGUGGUUUUAAUUAGCAUAGCAAUUAGCAUAGACUACCAGGUUCCGGAGUCCUUGGCUGGAUGCGAUGACCGGAGAUCCACAGUCGCUGGGCACGUGGCUCCGUUGGUGCAGAGCUUCGUUUCGGGGCACUUGGGUCGCAGGAAUGGCCAUGGCUAGUUCCUGAACUAUGGUUUUUAGUAGACCAGCCGACCAGCCUAACGCUUCCGGGUAACUUGACGACUUGAUGGUUUCCGUUGGCCAGCGAGUCUCUUUUUUGUUGACCCACUGGACUAGCCCGCUGCAAGUGAUUUUGUCCGGGGGAACCUGGCGAAACCCGUUGCCAUCGCCAACUAAUAAGCUAAUGAAACUCUUUUGCAAACGCAGAAUCCCAAUGCCACCGCCAAGCCUUUGAUCCAACAGCCGUUGCAGAUCGUCCAUGUCCAGGAGCAGGAGGCUCUUCCGGUGGCUGAAUUUCAGGCACCGGCUGCCCCGGUGGCUGUUCAGUCGCCACCGGCUCCUGUCCCCGUUCAAGUGGCGACCCCGGCCGCCCAGCAGAGGAAUCCGGAUGCGGUCGCCAUCGUCCACAAGCUGCCCUUGCCAAUCAUCGUCAAGGAGGAGCCGAUGUCUGUAGACGAGGGAGAGCCCAUCGACAUCGUAGAGGACAAUAUCAAUGCCAGCGGCACCGGGGGCAAGAUCCCAUUUAAAAAGAUCUUCCAAAAGCGCAAGAAGUCGUCUGAACGCACUCGGGAUAAGAAGCUGCGACAGAACCGCCAACUGCGCAAGUCCAUGCUGCCCAAGAACGCUUUGAUGGCCCUUAACGAGGUGAAGGGCGUGACCAUCAGCGAUUUCACCAUCGACAGCAAUCCCGACGGCGGGUUCACCGCCGUUGUCACUGUAAAUUCCAAUCAGUACGAGGGAAAGGGUCUCUCAAAGAUGACAGCCAAGAACGCGGCCUGCGAGAAGGCUUGGCGCGACUUCAUAAUUGCAAAGAUGACCCCCAAGCCGCCCCGUGUUCAGCACAGUGAAGUCAACGGGGAUACAAACGAGGAUGAGGCCGAUGCACCGGAGGAUGAUCUGCCCAUGUUGAAUCUGGCCUCGUUUGCCAUUUACAAGCUGUUCGCAGAGUGGGAGCGUGAGGGCUAUGUCGUGCCCGAAAUGCACCCUUCGGCCAAUGCUGCUCAACAGGCCGGAGGGGAUGCCGGAACUCCUGUUCCCGCAUUGCCGAAGGAGCCAAAGAAGCCGCCAGUGCGGACCGAGCUGCCCUCUGGCUGGGAGACCAUGCACCCGGCCACCAUUCUCUGCAUUAUGCGUCCGGGACUCAACUACGUGGACUACGGGUCAUCUGGCGACAAGCCAAACGUCAUGCAGCAUCUGGGGAUCACGGUGGACAACCAGGAGUUCCAAGCCAACGGAAGAUCCAAGAAGAUCGCCCGUCGCAACGUGGCCGUGGAAGUGUGCAACUCUCUGUUCGGCACCAACUUCACCUACAGCGACACAGCUUAAGACACCAACUGUAGUACACACACACACACGAAUGCCUCCCUUAACGGCCAGCAAUCCGAAGAUUGUGACCCUGACGUCAAAUGCGCAACUUUGUUAAGAAUUCCUUUUUUGUGAAGAUGAAGAGGCAUAUUAAACAAUAGGUAUUUUCCAUUAUA